UCUCCCGCCCGGGAGCGGGAAGCCGCCCAGGCUCCGCCAUGGCCUCGGGAGCCGGAGGAACGGGAGGGGGCGGCGGUGGCGGCAAGAUCCGGACGCGUCGUUGCCACCAGGGGCCGGUGAAGCCUUACCAGCAGGGGCGACCGCAGCACCAGGGCAUACUUAGCAGAGUUACUGAAUCUGUUAAGAAUAUUGUACCAGGGUGGCUACAAAGAUACUUCAACAAGAAGGAAAAUGCAUGUGGUUGUUCAACAGACGCAAGUGAGGUACCACACUGGCCAGAAAACAGAGAAGAUGACCACGUGAUGUAUGCCGGUGAGGAGAACUCCAAUAUUGAUGGGAGAAUCACCCCUGAGCCAGCAGUCAGUAAUACUGAAGAACCAUCAACCACUAGUACAGCUUCGAAUUAUCCGGAUGUAUUAACGAGGCCCUCUCUUCAUCGGAGCCAUCUGAACCUGUCCAUGUUAGAAUCCCCUGCGUUGCACUGUCAGCCAUCCACGUCCUCUGCAUUCCCAGUCGGCAGUUCUGGAUUUUCCCUUGUGAAGGAGAUUAAAGAUUCUACCUCUCAGCAUGAUGACGAUAACAUCUCAACUACCAGUGGCUUUUCUUCUAGAGCCUCUGAUAAAGAUAUAGCUGUUUCAAAGAGUACAUCCUUGCCUCCUCUUUGGUCCCCAGAGGCUGACCGUUCUCAUUCACAGCACGCUGCCACCAGCUCAAAAAAGCCAGCAUUCAACUUGUCAGCCUUUGGAACGCUUUCCUCUUCACUUGGGAAUUCAAUUCUCAAAACAAGUCAGCUUGGAGAUUCUCCCUUUUACCCAGGAAAGACAACAUAUGGUGGGGCAGCGGCUGCUGUAAGACAGACGAAAGUACGAACUACACCUUACCAGGCACCAGUUAGAAGACAGAUGAAAGCUAAACAACUGAAUGCUCAGUCCUAUGGUGUGACCAGUUCUACUGCUCGACGAAUAUUGCAGUCUUUAGAGAAGAUGUCAAGCCCCCUCGCGGAUGCGAAAAGAAUUCCAUCUGCUGCUGCUUCUCCUCGGAAUUCUCCUCUUGAUAGAAGUGGGAUAGAUAUCUCAGCUUUUCAGGCCAAAAAAGAAAAGGUGGACUCUCAGUAUCCCCCUGUUCAGAGACUAAUGACCCCAAAGCCAGUCUCCAUUGCAACAAAUAGAACUCUGUAUGUUAAACCAUCUCUGACCCCAUCUGGUGAAUUAAGGAAGACUAAUCAAAGAACAGAUAAACAGCCAAGUACUGUCAAUGAAAAAAAUAUGACCUCAAGACAAAAUAGAGAGCAAGACAGUGGCUUUUCAUAUCCAAAUUUCAGUAUUCCUGCAGCCAAUGGUAUAUCUUCUGGAGUAGGUGGUGGAGGUGGCAAGAUGAGACGAGAAAGAACACGUUUUGUUGCUUCUAAACCCUCACAAGAGGAGGAAAUGGAAGCACCAGUGUUACCGAAAAUCUCUCUACCAAUCACCAGUUCUUCAUUGCCUACUUUCAAUUUUAGUUCCCCUGUCAUUGCAGCUUCCUCACCAUCAUCAAUCAGUUCUUCUCAAUCAACAAACAAGGUACAAAUGGUCUCUCCAGGAAUCACUGGCAGUCCUGUGUUUAGAUUUUCAUCUCCCAUUGUAAAAUCAACAGAGGCAGAUGUACUACCUCCAUCACCUAUUGGGUUUACAUUCAGUGUGCCUGUUGCUAAAACAGAACUUUCUGGCUCAAAUCGUACUUUAGAACCAAUUAUAAGUAGUUCAGCUGAAGAUAACACUACAGUGAGCAGUACAAGGUGUAAGAAGCAAGAAGCUGUGUUUGAGGGCCCUUUCACACCUGCUAAAGUCCUGAAAGAAGGAAGUGUUCUAGAUAUUCUGAAAAACCCUGGUUUCACAUCACCAAAGGUAGACCCUCCUGCUGCUCAGCCCACCACCACCAGUCCUGUAGUGUAUACAAGACCAGCGAUAAGUACCUUCUCUUCUAGUGGGAUUGGGAUUGGAGGAAGUUUCAAGGCUGGAUCCUCAUGGCAGUGUGACACAUGUCUACUUCAGAACAAAGCUACCGACAGUAAAUGUAUAGCCUGUCAAGCUGCAAAAUUACCACCGACAGAAAAUACCAAGCAGACUGGAACUGGAACACCAAGCAAAAGUGCCAAAGCAGUUUCUACAUCAGGGACAGGCUUUGGAGAUAAAUUUAAACCAGCAUUUGGAACUUGGGAUUGUGACACUUGUUUAGUGCAAAAUAAACCUGAAGUAAUAAAAUGUGUAGCUUGUGAAACGCCAAAACCUGGGACUGGUGUGAAGCGAGUCCUCACGUUGACAGCGGCUUCGGAAAGCUCUGCGACAAUGGCUGCUUCCUCUAGCUGCCUUGUGACAACUGGCACCCUAGGGUUGGGAGAUAAAUUCAGAAGGCCUGUGGGGUCUUGGGAGUGUCCAGUAUGCUGUGUUUGUAACAAGGCAGAAGACAGCAAGUGUGUCUCCUGUAUGUCUGAGAAACCAGGAAGUUUAGUACCUGCUUCAAGUAGUAGCCCUGUCUCUGUCUCUGUGUCGUCUGGAAGCUGUCUAGGAUUGGACAAAUUCAAGAAACCUGAGGGAAGCUGGGAUUGUGAAGUGUGCCUUGUGCAGAAUAAAGCAGACUGUACCAAAUGUGUAGCAGGUGAAAGUGCAAAGCCAGGAGCAAAAUCAGAGUUUAAAGGCUUUGGAACAUCUUCAUCUUUGAACCCAGCAGCCUCAUCCUUCAAGUUUGGGAUCUCAUCAUCAUCCUCUUCUGGACCUUCUCAAACCUUUACAAACACUGGAAAUUUUAAAUUUGGACAUCAGGGAGGAUUCAAAAUAGGUGUUUCAUCUGACUCUGGGCCUAUAAACUCUGUGAAUACAAGUUUUAAAUUUUCUAAGCCAACUGGAGGUUUUAAAUUUGGAGUAUCAUCUGAUUCCAAACCUGAACAAGUUAAAAAUGACAGCAAGAAUGAGAAUUUUAAGUUUGGAUUUCCUUCUGGGGUAGGCAGCCCAGCUUCUUCAGCCCUGUUUCAGUUUGGAGUAUCUAAUCUUGGGCAGCAGGAGAAGAAAGAGGAACCGCCGAAACCUUCCCCUGCAGGCUUCUGCUUUGGCACAGGGGUGAGCAGCGUCACCCCUGCUCCCACUGCUGCCGACGCCGUGGUGACCUCUGAGAACAAGAGCGGCUUCAGCUUUGGAAGCAUAGACACCAAGAGUGCCGCAGUGACUCCUUUCACGAGUAAGGCGACAGAGGCCAAGAAAGAAGAAGCACCUGCCACCAAGGGAGGGUUCACUUUUGGCAAUGUGGAAUCUGCUCCUCUGCCAUCCGCCUCAAUGUUUGUUUUGGGAAGGACAGAGGAGAAACAGCAGGAACAUGUCACUUCUACCUCUCUGGUAUUUGGGAAGAAAGCUGACAGUGAGGAGCCAAAGUGUCAACCAGUAUUUUCAUUUGGGAACUCAGAGCAGACCAAAGAUGAGAGUUCUUCCAAGUCAACCUUUAGUUUCAGUGUGGCCAAAUCGUCUGAGAAGGAGUCUGAGCAGCCAGUCAAGGCCACAUUCACAUUUGGAGCUCAGACUAAUGUUGCCACUGAUCAAGGUGCAGCAAAGCCAGUCUUUAGUUUCCUGAACAACAGUUUCUCUAGUUCAACUGCGCCAGCCACUUCGGCUGGGGGUGGUGUAUUUGGUAGUUCCACUGUUUCCUCCAACCCGCCUGUGGCUCCCUUUGUGUUUGGACAGGCCAGCAGUGUGGGCAGCUCUGCUGAACCCAGUCCCUGUCAGCCUUUGCUGUGUCCCCCAGGCAGCAAAUCAGCUGCCACAUCCAGCACAGGUUCAGCUGUCACUCCAUUUGUCUUUGGCCCAGGAGCCAGCAGCAACACCGCAACCUCUGGGUUCAGCUUUGGAUCGACAACCACGUCAAGCUCUGCAGGAUCCUCCUUUGUAUUUGGCACUGUACCAGCAGCACCAUCUGCCAGUCCAGCAUUUGGUACUAAUCAGACCCCAGCAUUUGGACAAAGUCAAGGUGCCAGUCAGCCAAAUCCCCCAAGCUUUGGGUCUAUAUCAUCUUCAACAGCAUUAUUUUCUGCUGCUUCUCAGCCUGUCCCACCUUCGUUCGGAACAGUGUCAAGCAGUAGCCAGCCUCCUGUGUUUGGACAGCAGCCUACUCAGUCUGCAUUUGGCUCUGCAGCAGCUAAUUCCAGUUCUGUUUUCCAGUUUGGCAGCAGCACUACAAAUUUCAACUUUACAAACAACAAUCCAUCAGGAGUGUUCACAUUUGGUGCAAAUCCCAGCACACCUGCAGCCUCGGCUCAGCCCUCGGGCUCAGGAGGCUUUCCCUUUAACCAGUCUUCAGCAGCAUUCACAGUGGGGUCAAAUGGGAAGAGCAUGUUCUCCUCGGGAACUUCUGUUUCUGGUCGCAAGAUAAAGACUGCUGUCAGACGCAAGAAGUAAAGAUUUACAAAGGUGUCAUACCCAACAGUUUUAUCAACAGCUGGUGCCCUUCUUUCAGAUACUGGAUUGUACUACAUGCUGGGCUUACUGAAAUCAGAUCUGCCUAAGGACAUCUUUAAUUCUGGAAUUGUCCUCCUUUUUCUUUAUGGAAGCCCUGCCCUAUUUCCCCAUUCUCUUUUUUGAAAAUAAUAGCUAGACUGGUGACUGAUUCUUCAGCAGAAAUAUUUUAUGACCCGGCACCCGAUUCACUGAUUUGGCAUAGUCUGGCUGUACCCAGGAAUAGAGCCUGCACGGUGAAUGGCUUUGUAUAGAACCUGUGUCUGCACCACUUUGUGUGUUGCUAAGCGUUUAUGGAACGCAAUGAAGUUGUAAUUAUAUCUAAGGAAUUCUGUAUAGAUUAGAAUUCUGUAUAGAUUAGAGGACAUUGAAAUGAAUGGUUUCUAAGCUGAGUUUGUGCUGGUGUAUGUGUGAAGUGAGUGAGUUGGAUGUAAUGUGCACAAAAUUUCUGAUAGAGAAAGCCUGAUUAAAGAAUGGUCCAUACUAAGGACUUGUUAGAUCUAGUUCAUUCUCCAUUUAAUAAUUAUAUGCUAUUUCUCUAUUUUAAUUCUUCUAUCACCUGUCUUGCCUUUUUCAUUAUUUUAUUAUGAAACUUCUGUAAAUACAUUUUCAUUUCUGUACUUUUUUGGCAUAACAAAUCUGUGAACUUGAAAUUUCAACUUUGUGUUAGGCAUAUUUUUGUUGUUUGUUUGGUCUUGUCUCAGAUUUUAUUAUGUAAAUCCCAUUAUUCAAAGUUGCCUAAAUCCAUUUGGAAAUCUUUAAAAAAAAUUGGGGAUUCUUAAAGUUGAAUUUAUUGGCUUUUCUGAUCCAGUUUUGUUUGGACCAAAAACCAGUAUUGUACAAAGUAUUAAGCAUAUAUUUUUAUAUUAACUGAAAUGGACUGUGGUGACUUUGGAUAAUAAGGAAAAGUUUAAUAUUAAAGCCAUGUUUAUUACAGUAUAAUUAACAUGUUAAACCAUGGGAUAAAUGCCAUCAAUAAAACUUUAUGAAACA